GAGGAUUCUGGGACUUGUAGUUCAGCUAGCCAGUGGCCAGUCCGCGCGGCUCGGCCCCAGCUGCGUUUAGAUACCUGGUGGCUGGUGGCCAGGUGCUUGUGUGUCGUGAGCGUGGUCGGCCGGAAGUGCGGCGGGCUGAGCACACAGCGGCCCUUCCAAGUCCGAGGAGAGCAGCGCGGGGCCUCGCUGCUGGCCUCGGGAAGCCCGGAGCCUCUGGCGGGCUCCCGCGCUCGGCCCGGGCCGGCGGGCGGGAGGAGCGGUCGUCAUGGAGCGGCGGGCAGAGGAUGGCUAUCUGAGGACUCAGACCUUCCUGGUUCUGGAAACCCAACGGAAAAUGGCAUGACCAAUGUGCUCCUGACCUCUAGGUCCUAGGAGAGAGAAAGAGAAUGGGCUGUCUAGGGCCUCUUGCCACUGCAAACAAACUCCAGAUGUUUGUGCUGCUUGGAGCAUCUGGCUUUAGAGUGGGAGACAAUGCCAGAAAGGAAGGAGCUAACUCCAGAGAAAGGCUUUUCUGAAGAAGACUCAGCCCCUGGAGUGUUGAUUGAAAGAUUUCCAGAGAAAGGGUCCAGUGAAUGUGAAGACUCUUUAAAAAGUCAGCUGGGAAGCCAUGAGAAUCCUUUGAUACAAAAGCUUAUCCCUCAGAAGAAAUUUUCUGUGGAAAGAAGUUACCAUUGUGAUGGAUUUAGAAGAAAUUUUAGUCGGAGGACAUUACUUGUUCAACAAGGAGAGAGACUUCAUACUUGUGAUUCACUUAAAAAGAACUUACAACAAAAUUCAGAUAUAAUUAAACAUGAGAGAAUUUGUGAAGGAAAGAAACCUUGGAAGUGUAAUGAGUGUGAAAAAGCCUUCAGUUAUUACUCAGCUUUUGUCUUGCAUCAGAGAAUUCAUACUGGAGAAAAACCUUAUGAAUGUAAUGAAUGUGGUAAAUCUUUUAGCCAGAGCAUCCACCUUACUCUGCACCAGAGAAUUCAUACUGGAGAGAAGCCCUAUGAAUGUCAUGAAUGUGGGAAAGCCUUCAGUCAUCGCUCAGCCCUAAUUCGGCAUCACAUAAUUCACACUGGAGAGAAGCCCUAUGAAUGUCAUGAAUGUGGGAAGGCCUUUAAUCAGAGUUCAUAUCUCACUCAACACCAACGAAUUCAUACUGGGGAGAAACCUUAUGAGUGUAAUGAAUGUGGGAAGGCCUUCAGCCAGAGCACAUUCCUUACCCAACAUCAGGUCAUUCACACUGGUGAGAAACCUUACAAGUGUAAUGAAUGUGGCAAAUCCUUUAGUGACCGGUCGGGCCUUAUUCAGCAUCAGAGAACUCAUACUGGGGAGAGGCCUUAUGAGUGUAACAAAUGUGGGAAAGCUUUUGGCUAUUGUUCAGCCCUGACUCAGCACCAGAGAACUCACACAGGGGAGAAACCCUAUAAAUGCAGUGAUUGUUCCAAAGCCUUCAGUGACCGCUCAGCCCUUAUUCGUCAUCAGAGAAUACAUACUGGAGAAAAGCCUUACAAGUGUAAGGAUUGUGGAAAAGCUUUCAGCCAGAGCUCAUCUCUUACAAAACACCAAAAAACUCACACUGGAGAAAAACCUUAUAGGUGUAAGGAAUGUGGAAAAGCCUUCAGCCAGAGUUCCUCUCUUUCUCAACAUCAGAAAAUUCAUAUUGGAGAGAAAACCAGGGAACAUGGACAAGCCUUUGGCCAACAAAAGAUAAUCCAUACUGGCUAAGUGGGUGGUACAUUUAGAGCACAUUUAUUGAGAAUUUAAUACAUGCUGUGAGUGCUACAAAGAAAUUUAAAGAGUACUGUUUUUAAAAAGAUAUUGAUAAAUCAUUGUUGAUGUGGGAUAUAAUUCAGAUUAGCAGGGCUUUUAAUUUUUUUAAUGCCCAAAUUAAGGCCACUGGAUUUCUCUUGUGAAAUUAACACCCUAGUGUGUAUGUAAAUUACCAAGUCCUUGACAGAGAAGUAGGAUUAGCAGUGGUGGAAAGAAAACAUGUUACUUGGUAGGUAGUCGCAUAGUGCUAAUGAGAUGAAAUUCUAAAGAACAAGUGGUCCUUUUAUAUAAAUUAUCUGAGCAAACUAAGAGAUUGAGAAUUCACAAUGAGUUUGUCCAAGGUGAGGACUGAUGAAGGAACAGUUAUCCUUUGGCCUUACAUACAAGGACAAAAAAAGAGGUUGAUGGAAAGGACAGAGAAAUGUUGGAGGAUGAACUCAUGGAAUGUUGGGUGAAAUCACUGCUGAGUAUGCACAACCAGAAAAAUGAUUAAACUUGAGUUGUGGAGUUCCUAUGAUAGCUUUACUGUAAAUCUAAGGAGCUUGGUCUGAGGGUCUUCUGUACUUUUUGUCUUGUACAUGAUAUUUAUAGAUGCCUCCUGGGAAUCUUCCAAGGUCAAAGACUUAUAUAUCACAGUGUACAGAAGAGAGCCUGUGAUGUGUUCAGUGUGAUGUAAGCUGUCUGAGUUAACCCGAGAAUUUAUAAAGAUUUACCUCAGUUGGAUGUAGUUUGUGCAUUGGAUUUUUUAUGCCAUAGUAACAUUGUAAACUUACACUGACACAGCUUAUUAGAUUGUGAAAAGUUGAUAAAGAUUUUUAAAUGCUUGCCUUUCCCAUGUUACUUUGGGUAAAAUUACUGGAAACAUUUGAGUGUAGGGCUCUUGUUCUUCAAGUUUCUCCAUGAGGUGUUUUGGUGUGGCUUUCUGAAAGUUAACUUUGGUUCUGUAUUGUUGAGCUUUUUCAGUGUAUAAGUUUAUGUUCUUUGCCAAAUGUGCAGGAAUUUUCAACCUGUUAACCUUUUCACACAAGACUUUCAGCCCAGUGCCCCACCUCUCUCCUUUUCUGAUGGCAGAACUGUUGGCUCUAUAAAUUGUAGGUCCACAAGUUUCUGAGUAUGUUGUUUUUCUUCCAGUCUGGUUUCCUUUUAGUCUUGUUGAGCUGCUGUAACAAAAAUCUCAUAGACUAGGUGCUCAAGUAAGGUAUUUCCUACAGUUCUGGAGGUUGGGGAGUCUUAAGAACCAUUUGCCACCCGACUGUCUAGUUAGGAUUCUCUCUUCCUGCCUCACAGAUGAUGGCUUUUUUUUUUUCU